GCUGUUGGCUAUUGCUAUUACCAGGUCUGCCCCUGUCGCCAUCGUUUCAAUGUCUUUGCACGCACUUCUACGCAGAUUUCAACGGUCCUCAUAUGAAAAAACCGUGUCUGCCCGCGCCAAACCCCCAACCGAAUCUACCCACAUCCCUCGCCCCAAAAUCCCCACGCCCAUACUUCUCCUCAAUUUCUCAGCUUGGAAUCCAUGGACGGGUGAUCCCCAAUUGGAAAACGAGGAAACCGGAACUCCGAUAGAGGGCCAUGGCUGUUUCGUUGUUGCAGCAGUUGAACGGCGAGAGAGUGGUGGUGUUGCUCUAUAUCAUUCGAAUUUUAUUUUCCACCCCUCUAUCACUCCUCCCCGAAGCCUGUUCCCUCUCUCUCCUCUCUCUUUUUGCUCUGUGCGUUGAGAUCUCCGCCGACGAUGACUCCAACCCCCUUGCCAACUAUUUCAGGACCAGGCCUGGAGCUUCAUCUGGAAUUCUGCUGGGCGCAGUGACCCUGCCCGGCGUCAUGGUUUCAAGGUUGAUACAGAGUCUGCGAGCAUUUGCAUUGCAGGAAGUUGGAAUUGAAGAGAUCGAAUACCUGAAGUUGCAAUUCUGGGCCGCGUCAGCCAUUUGCUUCACUGUGCUAGUUUUCCUUUGCAUCAUUGUUCCUUUUGUUAGUCAAUCACAAGCUAUUUCAUGCCUCAUAUUUUUCUUUUUUCUUCAAUUUUCUGCACUUGCAGGUUGGCCUGUAGCCUUGAUGGCAUUGUGGGUGCUCUGUCACGGAUUCACAGCAGUAAAAUUACUUCAGAGAAUUAUGCGCACUUUCCCUGCGUGUGCUUCUAUUGGGGAAUCGCUUCUAGUUACUACUGGUCUUGUUAUUUAUUUUGGGGACAUGCUGGCAUAUACUGCUGCAAGAAUCCCUAGUUUUUUGGCCUCAUCUAAGGCACUCCUUGUACUGUAUGGGAUCAAGAGAAGUGAAAUAGGCACCAUUAUUCAGGGAGUGAUUAUUGGCCUGCUCAUUUUUCCUAUAUUCUAUAAAUAUAGUAUCCAAUUAUGGGAAUCCUUUACAAGCUUGAGUAGCAGUCGAGAUUUGGGAAACUACGAGAUGAGAAGAUCCUUAGUUUUCUAUGCAUCGCUCAUGUUUAUGUUGGCUAUGGUGGUUCCAUCAUGGAUGCAACUUGUGCAUUCUUUUCAAAUGCAUCCUUUGUUAUGGGUAUUUCAUUUUGUUUUCUUGGAACCAUUUAAGAGUCUCUCGCUGUGCGCCUAUUGGCUGGUCAUGAUAUAUUUUUCAGUGAGAAAGUUUUAUAACAUAUCAAAGAAUAGCAAGACUGAAAGGAUACUUCUACGCAAAUACUAUCAUCUGAUGGCUGUUUCAAUUUUUGUUCCUGCCCUUAUAUUUCAGCCAAGGUUUCUUGAUCUGGCUUUUGGUGCAGCUUUGGCGGUUUUCCUCUUGUUGGAAAUUAUACGAAUAUGGAAAAUUUGGCCAUUAGGCCAUCUAGUGCACCAAUUCAUGAAUGCUUUUACUGACCAUCGUGACUCUGAUCUUCUGAUUGUCAGCCAUUUUUCACUGUUAUUGGGUUGCGCCCUUCCAAUCUGGCUAUCUUCUGGUUUUACUGAUAGACCACUUGCCCCUUUCGCUGGAAUUCUGAGUCUUGGUAUUGGAGAUACUAUGGCAUCAAUGGUCGGCCACAAGUAUGGAGUCCUACGCUGGAGUAAAACUGGCAAGAAAACAAUUGAAGGCACUGCCGCUGGCAUUACCUCUGUUCUUGCUGCAUGCUUUAUGCUACUUCCACUUCUAGCUGCAACUGGAUACAUCUUCACCUUGCACUGGUUUUCUUUGAUUGUAGCAGUGACAAUCAGUGGUCUGUUGGAAGCUUAUACAGCACAGCUUGAUAAUGCCUUCAUACCUCUUGUCUUCUACAGUCUUCUCUGUUUAUAAUGCUACAGAAGUGUGUUUUAACUAGUUCAAGUUGCAAGUCCCUAGUCUUUUUAAAAUUUUCAUUUGUCUACAUGUUGCUCGAAUGACAGAUACGUUUUGUAAAUAUUACUGAUAUAACUUGUACCAUAGAUAUACGAAAGUAAGUGGUCUUCUUACUUUUGUCAAGUACCUGGGUUAUGUAACACCUCAAUUUUGACCCAGUUUCGUGUUAUAUUCAUGGAUAGAUUCCCAGAACAGCCUAGUGAAAAAAUAGGAGGAUUUUGCAAAGUGUAGAGACAAUGCGGAAGUGGAAAACGUUUUCCCCUAACAUUUUAUGACUUAAGAUCUUGUGAUGUCAUUGUUUAUAUGUUCAAUUCAGAUAUCUGUUGGGAAUC